GGAGCCGGAGCCGGAGCCGGAGCCGGAGCUCGAGGCGGCUGGAGCAGAGAGGAGCCGCUGAGACCGCCUCCGGGUCCCCAGCGCCGCCGCCCGCGCCUCCGCGCCCCCGCCCGCCUGCCUGCGCCGUGGCCAGCCGGGGCGGGCCGGGGGGCAGCGGGCGCCAUGGCCGCGCCUGAGCCGCUGCGGCCGCGCUUGUGCCGCCUGGUGCGCGGCGAGCAGGGCUACGGCUUCCACCUGCACGGCGAGAAGGGCCGCCGCGGGCAGUUCAUCCGGCGCGUGGAGCCGGGCUCCCCAGCGGAGGCGGCCGCGCUGCGCGCCGGGGACCGCCUGGUCGAGGUCAACGGCGUCAACGUGGAGGGCGAGACGCACCACCAGGUGGUGCAGAGGAUCAAGGCUGUGGAAGGGCAGACCCGGCUGUUGGUGGUGGACAAGGAGACGGAUGAGGAGCUCCGCCGGAGGCAGCUGACCUGCACUGAGGAGAUGGCCCAGCAAGGCCUCCCACCGGCCCGUGACCCCUGGGAGCCAAAGCCUGACUGGACACGAGCAGGUAGCCUCAGCACCGAGGCUGGCCAGAAGGAUGUCAACGGGCCCCCCAGAGAGCUGCGCCCUCGGCUCUGCCACCUGAGAAAGGGACCCCAGGGCUAUGGGUUUAAUCUGCACAGUGACAAGUCCCGGCCUGGUCAGUACAUCCGCUCUGUGGACCCAGGCUCACCUGCUGCCCACUCUGGUCUCCGUGCCCAGGACCGGCUCAUUGAGGUGAACGGGCAGAAUGUGGAGGGGCUGCGCCAUGCUGAAGUUGUCGCCAGCAUCAAGGCACGGGAGGACGAGGCCCGGCUGCUGGUGGUGGACCCUGAGACAGACGAGCACUUCAGGCGUCUGCGGGUCACGCCCACUGAGGAGCAUGUGGAAGGUCCACUGCCAUCACCAGUCACCAACGGGACCAGCCCUGCCCAGCUUAAUGGUGGCUCAGUGUGCUCAUCCCGAAGCGACCUGCCAGGCUCGGACAAGGACACUGAGGAUGGCAGUGCCUGGAAGCGGGACCCCUUCCAAGAGAGCGGACUUCACCUGAGCCCUACAGCAGCUGAGGCCAAGGAGAAGGCUCGAGCCACACGUGUCAACAAGCGGGCACCACAAAUGGACUGGAACCGGAAACGUGAGAUCUUCAGCAACUUCUGAGCCCCCUUCCUGCCUGUUUGGCCCCUGGGCCUCCCUGCAAGGACUUCAGACCCAUCCAGAGCUCCCCAAGCCUUAGCGGACUGGAGGGUAGUCUCACCACCCCCAGAAACCAUCCUG